AUGCCGAAGAAAGGGAAGGUGAACAAGCUCGCGCGCAUGUCCGACGAAGAACGGGCUCGGUACUUACAACAUCGCGCCGAUAUAGAAGAAGAGGCGCGCAGGCGCAAGCGAGAUCUUAUCGCACUAUUCAUCAAGAUGAGGAAAGUAAGAGAAAGAGACAGAAUAAAUGAAGAACGUUCUCAAUACUUACAACAUCGCGCCGAUAUAGAAGAGGAGGCGCGCAGGCGCAAGCGAGAUCUUAUCGCCCUCUUCAUCAAGAACAAACUCGACAAGGAGCAAGCGUUCAGUCGUACAAACACAGCAAAAUUAAAUCAGGCCUGGCGGUACAUUUUGCGUCGCGUAAAAUGCAAGCAAAUGGCACUAGAGAUACAGGGAGCCAUGAGCAGUUUCAACUUCAUGGUGGAACGGAAAGAUCGGCUACUAGAGUCGCUAUCGAGAGCAGUCGAAGACUCAGACGAGCAACAUCGCCGCGCCUUUCAGGCUCACACUGAGACCUUAAGCUACUUCCUAAACAUAGGUUCCCAACGUCUCGACAAGCUGCAGACGGAGUACGAGCAUCAAAAGAACAGUCUUCUAGACAGCUGGGAUAAAGAGGAAGGGGACAAAAUAGACAGCCAGGAGCAAGCUGAGACCAAGCUGAUGCUCAUCACUUACAUCCAGGAUCGGGACUUCCAGGUGGAGAAGAAAGAGAAGGGAAUAAAACGAGCGACUGCUAAAAAUGAUGCAAGAUUAGAGCACGAAGAAGAAAUGAGAAACCUCUGUCGACCAAAGAAGCUUCAAAUAGAGAUGUACUGGCACCAACUCCGGGAAGUAUACAACUCUUACUUGGAAAAGUUUAAUCCAAUCAUGAGCCACUACAAUAGUCUGCGAGAAAAGGACGACUUCUACCAGAAGGAUAUAGCUAGGAACGAGAUGCAAAUACAACAAGCUUCGGAAUUGAUUUUAACUCUGCAAAGGGAAUGGGUGAAAUCUACAAACACUAUGGCCGCGAAGUUAAAAAGAAUGUUAACGCACAAAGAGGACUUGGCAAAGAAGUACUGGCAGAUGAAGAGAGACGCAAAGAUAGAACGGAGCAGGACGGAAGAAUAUCUGGCAACGAUGGUGGAUGCCAGUCAAGACGCCACCAAACGUCUCGAGGAUGUAAAGGAGAAGUUGGAUAAAAUAUCGCAGAUGGCAGAUAUAUGCCGCAAGUACGAGGUGGAAGGAGACAACGAUGUGAUGCAGAGCGAGGGAGCCGGGGAGCUGCUGGAGUUUGAGAACCUGGACGGAGCUAUGGUCAACGAAUACAAGGAAUACACCAAGAUGGACAAGUUGAUGCUAAAAAUGAAUAAAGUGAAAGUCCAGACAAUUUGCCUUCGAGCCGAGAAAAAUAAGCUGGCCAACGAGAAUGUGCAGCUCAAGCAUUAUAUCAAGAGGUUCUUGACAGAGUUGGCCCUGAAGGGGACGAAGGCUAGGCCGCAUAGUGUAGCCAUGCCGACAAAGAAGACGGAAACUGGGAGACCCUUGGAUCGCCCAGUAACAUGCGUAGAAGGCGCCCUAUCGAACGCAGUCCUUCACGAGAAACGAAUGAAGUUAGAAGCCCGGAAACAGAGGGAAUGCGCCAUACGAUCUUAUCCCCGAGUCCAGUGCUGGAUAGACAAUGCUUCUUAAAAAUAUUUUUCCCCUCACUAGCUCGGAAACACGCGUUUUGUCUUUGUCCUUUAAUACCAGCGGGUAAAAACGCA